UUGUUUAACUCUCAAACUCUCACCUCUACCGGAAAAUCAAGAAACCCUCGCCGGACACCCACCCGGAGAGAUCGUGCACGUAGCCGAUCUUUCCCUACUCUCACAAUGCAGCUCUGCGGUUGCGGCCACCUUGUCGUCCUGCUCCCACUCCUCCUCCUCUCGGCUUUCGCCGCUGCCCCAUCACGGGCCCACAACAUUACUGCCCUCCUCGCGAAGCAUCUGAGCUUCUCUACCUUCAGUAACUACCUCACCCAGACCCACCUAGCGGAUGAGAUCAGCGCCCGCACCACCAUCACCGUCCUCGCGGUGGAUGACGAUGCCAUGUCGGGCCUCCUCGCCUCUCACCCGACCCUCGGGACCAUCAAAAACAUCCUCUCCCUCCACGUGCUACUAGACUACUUCGGUACGCGCAAGCUCCACCAGCUCACUGAUGGCUCCGCCCUCGUCGCCACCCUAUUCCAGGCCUCCGGCUCCGCCCCGGGGUCCACCGGAUUCGUCAAUAUUACCAACAUCAAGGGCGGGAAGGUGGCGCUAGGCCCCCAGGACAAUGGCGGGGUGCUCGACGUGUACUUCGUGAAGUCACUCGAGGAGAUUCCGUAUAACAUCUCAGUGCUUCAGAUCAGCAAGAUCCUGCCGUCGGCUGAGGCUGCGGCGCCGGCGCCAGACCCCGCCCAGACGAACCUGACGGCAUUGAUGUCCGGUCAUGGCUGCAAGGAGUUCGCUGACACGUUAUCCGCUAGCCCCCACGCCUUGAACACAUACAAGGACAAUGUGGUGGGAGGGCUGACGAUGUUCUGUCCCUCAGACGGCCCGUUCAAGGCGUUCCAGCCAAGGUUCGACAACCUCACCACGGCCGACAGGGUCUCCUUCCUCGAGUUCUACGGUGUCCCAGUCUACAUGUCCAUAUCCAUGCUCCAGUCUAAUAACGGCCCGAUGAACACCCUCGCCACCGACGGCCCCAAGAAGUUCGGCUUAAUCGUCCAGAACGACGGCGAGGAAGUCACCCUCAAGACCAAGGUCAACACCGUGAAAACCUCCGGCACCAUCUUCGACCAGCAGCCCCUUGCCAUUUACUCCGUCGACGGGGUCCUCCUCCCGGAGGAGCUCUCCGAGGCCGUGGCGGGGCCAGUGCUGGCCCCAACUCCGGCGCCGGAGAAGGCAGCGGACACCCCCGACGCAGCGAACUCACCCAAGGCGCCCAAGCACCAGUCACCACCGGCACCGACCUCGGCUAACCCUCCGGCAGACUCGCCGGAUGGUGGCGCGGCCGACGAGAGCGCCGACGGCAAAUCGAGUAGCCCGGGGUUUGGAAAUGAGAGGAUCCACGUCGUCGUUUUGGCUUUGUUCUCUGGGGCUUUUCUUUUGUAAUUUUUAUUUUCAGGUUACUCCUUUUUUUUUUCCUUUUCUUAAUGUUUAAAAAAAUUAAUUGAUCCAAUGUCGGGUUAAAUCAUUUGAUGCGAUUAAGUAAUAUCUCCCCUUCUUUUUGUUUU